GAUCCAGUCAUUUUCGUCUGCUUACCCUCAGACAACGUGACAGACGGGCAUAUUCAGCAAUUACACAAGCAAAGCCAAAAAAUCAAGGUUCAGCUAUUGUUGGCUAUCACUUGGUAUGUGGCUUGGUUUCUAUCAGGAAGAGGUGUACUUCGCUAAAGGAACGUCUGAGCAUCAACAAACAUGGGAGACUGGGGAUUUCUCUCGGCUUUGCUAGACAAGGUGCAGUCUCACUCCACCGUCAUAGGCAAAAUAUGGAUGAGUGUUCUCUUCAUCUUCAGAAUCCUGGUGCUAGGAGCGGCAGCCGAGAAUGUAUGGGGUGACGAACAGUCUAGUUUGGUCUGUAACACAUUGCAACCUGGUUGUGAGAACGUGUGCUACGACUGGCAGUUCCCUAUCUCCCACAUUCGCUUCUGGGUCAUGCAGAUCAUCUUUGUGUCCACUCCGACCUUGGUCUACCUCGGUCAUGCGGUGCAAGUCAUUCACCAAGAAAACAAACUCAGGGAGAAGAUACAAAUUCUUGGUGAGGGCCACAUGUUGAAGACACCUAAGUACACAGACGAAAGUGGCCACGUCAAGAUUAAGGGGAAUCUGCUUGGCAGCUAUUUGACCCAGCUGUUCUUCAAAAUCAUCCUGGAGACUGCUUUUAUUAUCGGACAGUAUUAUUUAUAUGGGUUUAUUAUGGUCGCUAAAUUUACUUGUUCCCAAUCCCCUUGCCCCUACACCGUUGAAUGUUUCAUGUCCCGUCCCACAGAGAAGACCAUCUUUAUUAUAUUUAUGCUGGUGGUAGCUUGUGUGUCUCUUUUAUUGAAUGUAAUAGAGGUGUUCUACCUGUUGUGCACCAAGGUGGGAUGUCGGUCAAACAAGCGACAGACUCGUAAUAUUACUUCGGCUAAAAAUCCUGCCAGUCUUUCGUCUUCUUGGCAGCCGAAGUUGAGCUCUGAGGACGCCCUGAAGCAAAACAAGUUGAACAUGCAGUUCGAAAGUGGCCAGAGUCUUGGAGGAAGUUUGGAUGGGGCAAAAGAGGAAAAACAAUUCCUGGCAGACCAUUAAAAGUUAACUUUUGUAUCCCAGAGAUUCAGGACAAGUCCACACUAAUCCAUUUAAGUUUUUGUUUUCCAAAGUGAGGUGUUGUGGAGAGCGUUUUCAAAAGUCUUCAUUUUCGAUGGAGGCAAACUCUUUUGUGUGGAUGAGAGGAAUAAAUGCAGCAAAAUGUAUGUGUUUUCAAAUGAAUACCUUUUAGUGUGGACGUGGCCUCAAAUAAACCUUGAAAUUGUACAAAUUCUAGUAGGUUUUAACGUCCCUAUGAUAUCAAAAUUGGCAUCAAAAAGAGGCUUUGUGGCUUUUAGUCCAUGUCUGGUAGCUUUGAGGUCAUCGAUAUGCUAGUGUACUCCUAACAGUUGACAAAAAAGUACUUUUAGCAGAUAAAUACGCAUUUAAAAUGCACAGUAUCUCCCUUUUGGGAAAAUGGACCAAAAUUAUUAAUGACUCAUUCUGCACUCCAGGCCUGGUUCCAGAUCAAAAUCACUGAGGGUGCUUCUGAAUUUUGUGGGGGUGCUCUAGUAGUAAAAGUGAAGACACAAUAAAGCACCAUCUGUAUAAAAAUGGUUCCAAAUAUCAGGCUUUUAGUGAACACUAGGAGGUACAUUUUUUCACACAUAAACUAGGCUAACAUUUAGUAGUAUGAAGACAUUAUUAAUUAAACAAUUGAAAUAAAAAUAUUAUAUUGGGCAUGGAUAUGUUUCUAACUUGGUAUAUAACAGGGGAAGUAAAACCAAGAAAAUUAAUAAUAGAAUGAAUUACACAUAACUUUUAUUAAGUCUUUAAGGAAUGAAAGAAUGAAACAGCAGGCAAACGAUAUUUUUAUGUAAGAACAAUUCUGACAUGUGAAUGUAAAAAUUAUUUUUGAUGAUCUAUAAAUAACACUGCCUUUGUUCAUAGAUGUUUUGGAUAAAAAAAAUUACAAUGAUGCAACGAAUAGCUAUGUUUUCUACAUGCUGCAUGAAUGCAGCGAUGUAUAAAGACGUCCGCAGUUAAGGGUGCUUUAACGUCCAUUUGAGGGUGCUUAGCUUAUUUUGCCCAAUCAACUGCUUUCUAGAAUGAGAAUGCCCCUCCCCUAAUACCAACUGCCUCUGGCUAGCAAGUAGCAAAUCAUGGUUAAUGGCUGUGAUGCAUCUAAAAAAAACCUAUAGGCAAUUUAAAGUGUGCCACCCAAAAUACCUUUUUCAUCAACACAGGAAAGAAAACUGUGCUUGUGAAGUGACCUCUUGGGGUCUUUAAGAGGAAAAUCUCUCCAUUUAUUUUUUUACUUAUCGUACAGUAUUUACUGACACACUUGAUGAAAGAAAGCAGUGAUUUUAUACCCCUGAGACAGAUUGCAUUAUUAAUUUGUUUUUUUUUGUGAUUGCACAAUGCAUGUUUUUACUUUUAAUUGGAUGGUUUUGAUAUAUUAUGUCAAUAAAUACUUAGUGUUAUAUGAUGUAUAUUGAGUAAAUAUGUAUUAAGAGUCACUGAGUUACUUAAGCACUGCACGCAUGUCUUGUUUGUUUUGAUGUUGUCAUUUUCAUUUUUUCCUCCACAUUCAUUUGUUGCAAUUUAGACAAAUUAUAGUGAUGUUUAUUCUGAUUGUAAACUCCAUCAGAACUGGUUUCAGUGAUGUUGAAGAGCAGAAUGUAGGACAAUUUCCUUGUUUGAAAUAAAACUUUUGAAAAGAAA